AUGACGAUUUCGUAUAAUGGAAAUGUGGUGCGGAUUCUGAUGCGUUGGAAGGGAUCGAUUUGGCGGACGGUUUGGAAGGAGCUCGUCAUUUAUUUGCUCUUUUUCUAUGCGAUUCGUCUCUUCUAUUUGAGAGGAUUCGAAUUGAUCGAUGAUGAUGAAAGCGAUCAGGAUAAAAUGAGGAAACAGUUCGAGGCGUUCUGCCGAAUGUGUGAUUCGUACACCCGCCUCAUUCCGUUGACGUUCCUCCUCGGCUUCUACGUCUCAAAUGUGGUCGCGAGGUGGUGGCGCCAAUUUGAAACCUUAUACUGGCCGGAAGACAUCCUCUCCGUUCUGUGUACCGUCGUUCAUCAGAACGACGAGGCGAAUAAGAAGCGAAGACACACCAUCGCCAGAUAUCUCAAUUUGUCCGCAGCAUUGGCGUGGAGGGAUAUCUCAUCGAAAAUUCGCCUCCGAUUUCCGAAUGUUCAUAGUUUGAUCGACGGCGGCCUGCUGACCGAAAAAGAGUUUGAGAUUCUUGAGAAGAUUCACGAGGAAUGCGAAUCGACGCGUUGGAUGACGCCGAUUCAUUGGAUUCAGCACAUUUUGCGGCAAGUCGAAGAGGAGAACAAACCGACGGCGUCGCUGCUCAAUCACUUCGUCGCCGAACUCCGCAUAUUUCGGCAAUCGCUUCGCAAACUCUAUUCGUAUGAUUGGGUGUGUGUGCCAUUGGUGUACACCCAGGUCGCCGCGCUCGCCACCUACGCGUUCUUCUUCUUCUCGCUGUUCGGCCGCCAGACGCUGAUUCCCGACGUCGAGUCGGGCAAAGAGAUCGAUUUGCGCAUUCCGUUGUUCACCAUCGUUCAAUUCUUGUUCUUCGUCGGAUGGUUCAAGGUUGGUCAAGACCUUAUGAGACCGUUUGGGCUCGACGACGAUGAUAUUGAGCUCAAUUACAUAUUGGAUCGAAAUAUGAAGGUCUCUUUUUCCAUUGUCAAUCAACUUCAAUCCUCGCCACCUCCCAAUUUUGACGCCGAAAGCGACAAAUUGUGGCGCGAGAGCCAAAACGGCAACGCUCUUGUUCCGGCUCUACCGCACUCGAAAUAUUCGCGGCAGCUCUCUGAGCAUCGCCCGAGACUGCACGCCUACAUUCCCGUUGAGGAGAAUAUCAAAGACAUCGAGUCGUCGAAAGGAUGCAUGAAAAUUGUGAAAAAUAAAAAAAAAAUGGGUAAUCAGUACGUGAAACCGCAGCAAACUGGCAACUCGCCGUACACACGCUCCGGUGUGCCGCCGCCAGCCCUAACUCAGACCAGUGACAAGCCGCUUCAUCGUGUCAACGAUCGAAUGUCGCUUGAGUUGCACAUGGCCGAUGAGCGUGUUCGCGCAGCUGGCCUCAGUCCCGCCGAACGCGAGUGGAGAAAGAAAUGGGUCCAUGACCAACAUUUGCACGCCGACGAGCCAAUUGUUGUGGACGCUGUUCAUAGACAAUUGAACCCGAUCAGAACUCUCUACAGACUUCCAUGGGACAAAUUCUACCUACAUUAUUUGAAGCCAACAUUCGGCGUUUACUACGGAACCGCAAUUCGAGUGACCGUCCCAAAAGUGAUCAUGGCGUUCGUCUUCAUCCAAACCGCCUAUUACUAUUGGAAAUAUGAAGUGAAGGAUUGGACGCAUUUGCGAGGUCUCGAAACGAUGCCACAAAAAGAAGUGUACCUCAACGCGAAAACCAUUGAGGAAAAGCAUCCCGGUCUGAUGGCGAAAGGGCUCGCCAAUCCAGCCAAAGACGAUUAUUACACGCCAACAUUCAAUAAGAGAACUGCUUAUUUGGAUGUCGGCGAGACGAAGAGACCAUGGUAG